UUCCCGUCCGGCCUCGCCCUCCGCCGGCCCGGGGUAGGUCAGCCCGCCGGCUCCCCGCGCCGCGCCAGCCAUGGUGAACCUGGGCCUGUCCCGGGUGGACGACGCCGUGGCCAGCAAGCACCCGGGACUAGGCGAGUACGCCGCGUGCCAGUCGAACGCUUUCGUGAAGGGCGUUUCCGCCUUUGUCACAGGCACCGGCGCGACCUUCGGCCUGCAGAUGCUGGUUCAGAGGAAGCUUCCAUACCCCUUUCAGUGGAAGGUGCUGCUGGCUGUGGUCGCAGGCUCAGUAGCCAGCUACUGGGUGACGCGUGUGGAGUCGCAGAAAUGCAGCAACCUCUGGCUCUUCCUGGAGACAGAGCAGCUCCCCAAAGACAUGGGCACAGAUCGGCGCAGCUAGGAGAGCUCCAGCCGGGCACAGAAGACCUGGGGCCAGACAACUCUAGAACACAGCCCUUGGCACCUCUGCACCCCAGGUUGGCCCUCCCCACACCUGUGGCCCCCACACAGAGGCAUGACCAGGUCUGUUGAACCUGUGCAGACUGCUCCUGCCCAGCCUGGCCGCCCAGGAGCUCAAGCCAGGAGACUCCGUUCCUGGGGUGGCUGUCCUGCAGGUGGACACAGUGCUAGAGAGGACCAGCAUGCCUCAUGCACCUUUGGGGGCAGCCCUGGAGCAUGGAGGGGGCUUCUGCACUCUGCUGCUGACACUCCCUUUCUGGCCCCUGCAUCUCCCACCCACCCCAGAGAUGACAGUUCCCCUGGGGGCUGGGGAACUAAUAAACACCUUGCCCUGUUUCCCA